AUGGUCUUUACACCUCCGCCAUGGGUUCCUGAGUUGCCCAUACAACCACCAGACUCAAUCUCGGUCGCCGAGUUCAUGAGCACGGAAGAAUAUGGGCGAAGCGCCAUCGCUAAAUCACGAAACCCGUAUACUUGUGGGCUUACCGGUAAAACACGCGAUGCUGCUGAAGUGAUCGCGCGGGAAGAUUACCUCGCUCGAGGCAUCGGUCAAGCACUCAAGUUCGAUCCUCAACGUGGUUCAGAAUGGGACAAAGUAGUUGGCGUGUAUUCAUUCAAUACGAUUGACUAUAUCCCUCUCACCCACUCGAUCCAUCGACUCAAUGGCGUAGUCAGCCUUUCCAGUGCUGCGCUGUCUUCAUCAGAACUUCAAGAUCAGCUCCGAUUAUCUAAAUCCAAAGCCAUUUUCACUUGCCAGCCCUUGUUGGAGGCAGCUCUCAAAGCCACGGCUGCUGUUGGGAUCCCCAAUGACCACGUCUUCCUACUUCCGAUGCCGGACGUCGAGACGGACUCAGUGUUUCGGACAAUUGAAGAUCUGAUUGAGAAUGGCAAAAAGCUGCCCGAGUUGCCACCUCUUAAUUGGGCUCAGGGACAAGCUACUCGACAAGCUGCCUACUUAUGCUAUUCAAGUGGCACAUCAGGUCUACCAAAACCUGUCAUGAUCUCGCAUUACAACAUCAUUGCAGGCAUUCUCCAAACUCACACUUUCGACUCUGUUGCCCGCAAGGCUUUCGGCGUUGACAAUCAAGCCAUGCUUGGCUUAUUGCCCUUCAGCCACGUCUUUGGUCUCAUGCUAAUUACUCACCUUGGCACUUUCCGCGGCGAUGAAAUCAUCGUGCUACCGCGAUACACAUUUCUGACAUUUCUCAAGGCAGUGAGCAAGUAUAGGAUUCGUCAACUUAGCAUCGUGCCACCAAUUGUCAUUGAGAUGCUGAGCAAGCAAGAUAUAUGUCGACAGUAUGACCUGGAGAGUGUAGAGUUUCUAUACACAGGCGCGGCGCCACUUGGCAAGGAAACGGUUGAUGACUUGUUGAGGAUUUAUCCAAAAUGGCGGCUGGGCCAAGGAUUCGGAAUGACUGAGACUGCCACCGUUUUUAUACAGUCCAGUGAGCACGAUACUUUUGUGGGAUCCACUGGCUCCUUAGUACCAGGCGCCAAAGCCAGGAUCGUUGAUGUUGACGGCGAUGAAAUCACGGACUAUGAAACUCCCGGGGAACUUCUCAUUCAGAGCCACUCUGUUUCCUUGGGCUACUUUAAUAACCCAAAAGCAACUUCAGAGACGUUCUUCACCGACAAAGAUGGCCGCUGGAUUCGAACUGGCGACGAAGUACUUGUGCGAAAGGCUCCCUCUGGGAAUGAACACUUUGUUGUCGUCGACCGAGUAAAAGAGCUUAUCAAAGUCAAGGGCCAUCAAGUCGCACCCGCAGAACUAGAAGCACACCUCCUCACCCACCCUCACGUCGAUGACUGUGCAAUCAUUCAAGUCCCAGACGCACGAGCUGGAGAGGCCCCGAAGGCCUAUGUCGUCAAGUCAUCUGGUGCGAAAAAGGAAUCUGAAGAUAAUGUCACGAAAGACAUCCAUAGACAUGUGGAGCAGCACAAAGCUAGAUACAAGUGGCUCAAGGGGGGAGUCGAGUUCAUCGAAGCCAUUCCAAAGAGCCCGACUGGAAAAAUUCUGAGGAGGAAGCUGAGGGAAAAGGAGAGGCAAGAAAGAGUUGCCAAGGGAGCCAAGCUUUGA